UUGACACAUAGCACAUAGCGCACAGCCAAAAAAACAGGCAGUACCAGAAAAGACCAAGUGACAAAUUUCUUACAUCAAUUAAAACUCUAAAAAAACUUAAUUGGAGCAGUCAGUAGAGCAAUCAUCGAAUUGAUAUGUCGGAAGAAUUUAGAUUUGAUUAUGAAGGGAGUAAAGUUUUUAAAUAUGAGGAUCGUUCGCUUAUUAUUGGCUAUUCGGCAAAAAUAACAAAGAUGAUUUGUACCACACGACAAGGCAUAUUUCAUACCGGCAUUUUUGGACAUGACAAUAAAAGCGAACUUAAAUGGCGAAUUUCUGCUGAUUUACCAAAUCAUUUGUUACGAAUAGAACCUGUAGAUGAAACAAUCAACAAACGUUUCAAGUACAUACUGUCGAUUGAUGUGAAUACAAAGGAAUUUUACAGCCCUCGUGUCUACGAUGGAUCAGCAUUUCAAUGUAAAAUGCCCGCAAAUGAAGAAAUUGGUACGAUGAAGAUAAAAAUGGUUUAUCCCUACGAAGCGAUAACUUUCUGUUCAUGUGCACUGGUAAAAUCGAAAGAAGCGAUCGUUCAACAACAAUCGGUCGAACUAGUUGCUACUCUACCAAAAAUGAUAACCAAAGCCGCAUCGAGAAAUGAGUACGCUGAUGUGAAGUUCAGUUUCGAAGACAAAUUGGUUGUCGCUCACAAGCAUAUACUGGCUGACAGAGCGAAGUUUUUCGCAGAAUGUUUUCGUGGAACGCAGAUGAUCCAAACGCUAAUGAACCGAUCCAAAUUAUGGACACCUCGUACGCUGCUUUCGAACUGUUCAUGGAUGUACUCUAUUUUGGAACUGUACCAUCGAAUUCUGAAAUGUUUCUGGAAAUGAUCGUGUUGGCGGACAAGUAUGACAUUCCGGAUAUCAAGGCUGCAAUUGAAGCGUCCGCAAUAAUAUUGAUAAAUUCGGAUAAUGUAAUCAACAUGCUGAUCACAUCAGAACUGCACAAAGCUCAACGAAUGAAAAAAGUAGCAUUGGAAUUCUGUGCCAAAAAUCCGAUGACAGAAAUAAGCAACGUUCAGGAUUUGGCCAAAUACCCUGACCUGAUGGUUCAGGUUCUAACGUAUAACCAAAAACAUUUCAAAAAAGCUUAGAAUUUUCCGUCAAUAAUUUGAAUUGAGUGAAAAUAAGAACACCUGA